UCAAUUGUUUAGAGUCAAUUGCUUUAAAUAGACAGCAAAUUGUAAAAACUUUGGUUAUAAAUUCACAUUACUAUUGUUCAUUAUUAUGUUGAUUUUAGCAUGAAUAAAGAAAUUAUUAUAAAUAUUGUUGUUUUAUUGAUUUCAGAAAUAUGACAAAAUUACUUGAAUGGGUGUCAGUUUUAUCUGCAAUGUUCGCUGUGUGGUACUCGUUAAUUGGAGGAUAUGUGAAGCAUCCGUUGAUUGAAAAGAAUAUUAAUCUUAUUUUAAUAUCUCCAUUGAUAUUCAUAGCACUGUUUGGACUUUAUGCAGUUACUGUGGUUUUAUAUCGUGUAUUUACAUUUAACAAUUGCGAGGAAGCAGCUAAGGAAUUACAGAAUGAGAUUGCAGAGGCUAGAAAAGACUUAUUAGAUAAGGGACUCAAAUUCUGACUUACAUCAACAUUUCUUGUAAUAUCAAGUAAUUUAAAUUGUAAUUAAGUAAUGUUCUUAAUUAUAUUUAAUGUAAUUUGAAUUUUACUAUAA